AUUUAAUUAUAGGCUUUAAAUCAAUCUCCAUCUUCCCCUUCUCUUUUAUGUAUAUAUAAUACCGCCAUAGGCCUCCAAAUACACGCCUUCUUCUUACCGGCCUUUCUACUACUCCCCACCACCACCACCGCCGCCCACGGCCGCGCCGCAGCUAGCCUAACUAAUUUUGAUUCUGAAACAUCGCUACCGCCUCUAACCACCUCGAUUUUUCCGGAUAUGAGCCGUAGAAACGGGCCGAGGCUUGACCUGAAGCUGAACCUGUCGCCGCCGAGGCGGAGCCGCCCACGGGACGAGCCGCCGAGCCGGUCGCCGACGGAUUCGCCGCCGACGUCGUGCUUGUCAUCGGAGCCGAGCGAGUCCCGGCUGUACCCGGCUAGCCCUGAGGAGGCGACUUCCAUGAUGCUGGUCGGCUGUCCGCGCUGCCUGAUGUACGUUAUGCUUUCCGAGGAGGACCAAAGGUGCCCCAAGUGCAAGAGCACCGUCUUGCUCGACGUCAUCCACGACAGCGGCGGAGGCGCCGCCGGACGGCGGAAGAAGAAGGUUCAGAAU